AGAUAAAAGGCGUAACACAGCUUCCAAUUCAUUCUCCUUUUCGGUUUCAACUCGGAACUAUCAAGAUUCUACGUACGACGUUCCGUUCUACAGGACUAUAUACACGCCAAUGAGAUGAAAUCAUAGGCUUGGUUACCCUAGUAAUUAAUACGGGAAAGGAUCUAUGUUUAGUUUUCUAUUCCAACAUGCAGAUUCGUUUUCGCAAACCCCGCCCCGAUUCACAAUUCACACUCUGGGAUAGAGUUAUCGCUACUAAAAAUGGUUUAUGUCGAUAAUGAAUUGGGCUACCCAUUAUGGCCGAUUUCGAAAUUGUCCCGUGUUAUUGCGGCGCUGAAUCCACCGGGUUUCUAUGCUUCAAUAUGAACCAGCUCUGUGUCUCGAACCCUAGGUCUUCUAUGGGCUAUCAAAUAGGGCCCCCUCCCCAGAAGUUGAAUAUACCUCAGGGAAAGUGCACAUUUACUAAAGAUGGGGCUUAUUAUGGAUCUUUAUACUAGAAAUCCGGCCUCUUUCUCUAAAAGCCUAGUCCCAAAAGCGACGACUCCACCACUCAUCUCACAUGUAGCCUUCCAUGCUAUCAUAUGGACCGGCGUCUCACUCUGCAUCCUUGCGUUCAGUGGUCGAGUGGCUAUCCGAGUUAUCUGUUUCCGGCGCCUUUUCCUCGAAGACUAUGUGAUGCUAGUAUCACUGAUCAUCCUUAUCGCAACUGCCGUUAUCAUCCAGACACUGGUCCCCUAUUCCUAUAACAUCUCACAGCUGCGGAGUGGCUUUACAUCAGUACCGUCGGCCCAGUUUCUCGAAGACGCUGCUAAAGGACUACAUGGACAUGUCGCUCUGAUGGUGAUGGGUUAUGUGGGAAUAUGGUUGAUCAAGUUUAGCUUUUUGACCUUCCUCUUCCGCCUUGGAGAUAAAGUUACCAAAUACCGUGUCUUUUGGUGGAUCGUCUUGGUCUUCAACAUUGCUGCUGGGGUGACGGAGAUCGGCAUUAUACCCUACCAGUGCUUACUGUCGCCAGUGGAACGCAUUGUCGUGGUUUGCACUACUCGCGAUAAGCGGAUAUUUUCAAAUCUCAAUUCAAUUGUAUCAUGCUUGCUAGACGCGCUCGGGGAUGUGAUGAUCAUAUGUUUUCCAGUUUAUGUUCUUUGGAACGUCCGUAUUGACGUUAGGAAGAAGAUUAUUCUCACGGCCCUCUUUUCUCUCGUCGUAUUUACUGUCCUCGUCACUAUCGUGCGUGGUAGUGUUUUUGGCGGAGCAUAUAUACCCAUUGACCAACCGGAGAUACACCCGGUGAACGUGGCAUGGAUAUGGUUUUGGUUCAGCAUCGAAUAUAUAAUAUCGUUCAUUGUCGCAUGCCUCAUCUCAUUCCGUUGUCUUUUUACUCAGAUAGAAUCUGAUAUCGCCUUGAGGGAAGCAAGAGCCCCUGAUUGGAACCAUCAAGCUAUACCGGUAUACAGACCUGAACCCACGGGAUUCCGUGAGAAGGUAAAAAUAUUCCGCAAGUCAGUGCAUGACACACUUAUGACACUAGAAGGGUUUACAAGGGUCGAUAGCGAGGUGUUUGUCCUUCAAACGUCCCCUGAUGGAACAUUGACUCUGAAUUUUGAAGGAGACGAGGGAUCAAAUACGGAAUGAUAUGGAUAAAGUUGUAGCUAGGUACCGAAUGAUACUACCGCUGAAUAUCGGCUGUGGCACGAGUCAACGUGAAGAUCUUGCUCUAGGAGGCAUAUCUAUUUUUCACUUCGCGAUAUGCUCUGGAACAUUUGAUAGAUGUCAUACUCAUUAUACGGAAUGGGACGAGAGCAGCACAUAAUUGGACCAUUCGUUCCGGGAUCGGGACCAAAGAACAGUGCGGACGUGAUGGUGGGGUUCGGGUACUACCCCAUGAUGGUCUUCAAGAGCCUCGAUAGGGCAUUCUCCACCUCGGUCUAGGUUUUCUU